UCUAUAACGAGUACAUCCAGCUAUCCGAGGUCAAUCGAAUCAGGUUUCGAUAAUGCCAACUUCAUAUAUCGAGCCCAUUCGAAUUAGAUUAUACAUACAUACAUACAUAUAUAUAUAUAUAAAUGUUAGAAAAUAUAUACGAAGAUUCAUAUGGAUUAACGUCGUUCGAUUAAAACAGAAAUUAUCAGAAUUCGCUACGGAUCUGAUCGGUUGCGCCAGGAAAGCUCAUGAAGUGGAGACAGUGUUGAAGAGAACAUCAGGCUUUUCUAGAUCUUCUAGAUUCAUUUAUCCGCGCUUGUUAAUGGCUCUUGAUUACAAGCAAAAAACUUUUGUCGCUCAUCCGAACGUACAAGAGCUGAUCGAGAACAAAUGGGUGGACAAUUGGUACGAAUGGAGGAUGAGAAAAACUUGGCUUCAAUGUUUAACCGUUUUAUUACGAAUAAUCCUAUUACCUCUUAUCGCCUUGAUCAUUCUGAUCAUACCGAACACGAAAAUCGCUAAAUUUUUUUCAAGUCCGGUUAAUAAAUUCCUUCACUCUGUUGCCAGUUAUCUCGUUUUCCUUAUCAUCGUAUUUCUUAUAUCCAAUGCCGAUAAGAACAAGCAACUUCGUGGGCCACCGAAUACCGGAUUCGAACCGAUUCUAGCAAUUUACGUGAUAUCGUAUUUAUGGUCGAUCAUACGGCUUUGCAUUAUGCUCGGUCCAAGAAGAUUCUUCAGGGCACCUUGGAACUGGUACGAAAGCUGUAUGAUAUUCCUGUUCCUAUUGACGUUUAUGUGCUGGAUAGAUGCUGCUAUCGACGUCAGGAUUAACGGGCAAUGUGACUUAGAGAGAAAAUAUUGGCACAAAUACGAUCCGACAUUGAUAGCCGAAGGUGUUUAUUGUUUGGCUACGAUCAUGGCCUUCUUUCGAUUGAUGUUUCUUUGUCAAUUGAAUUAUCACCUUGGUCCUCUUCAACUCUCCCUUGGAAAGAUGAUCCAUGAUGUUACCAAAUUCAUCGUGAUAUUCGCCAUCGUCCUUUUAGCUUUCACAUCCGGUCUGUCUAAGUUGUAUCAGUAUUACGAAGAUAUGGUACAAAUCGAUAAAAAUAAUAUAAAGAUACAACAGGUGAGUUCAUUCGUUAAUUUCCCAUCGAGCCUGAAGACACUUUUUUGGGCCGUUUUCUGUAUGAGUCCUAUUGAAAGUGCUGACGUCAUUAUUGAAAAUAUACCAAGUGAUAACGAUACGGAAACUAUCAUAAAUCAUCAUACAUUUACAGAGAUUAUCGGUUAUAUCGCGUUCGCAAGUUUUGAAUUCAUUUCUGUGGUCGUUGUCCUUAAUAUGCUGAUUGCCUGUAUGACCAAUACCUUUACCAAGGUCACAGAUAACGUCAUCGUCGAAUGGACCUUUGGUCGGACGGAGGUUUACAUCAAUUUCAUGCUGAUGACCACCCUACCACCACCCUUCAAUAUAAUUCCCACUUUCGCUGGCUUUCAAACGAUCGCCGAAUACGUGAAGGUACUCGUCAAACCACCGCCGAACAAACGCGCCCGCUGGGACUUCAUGCAGUGUUGCUAUAUCGAAACAUUAGAAGAUGAAAAGGACGAAGUAUUCGCUCAAGUGAUGAUGCAAUUGGUACAACGUUAUUUCCGCGAGAAGAGUAGGGAAAUCGAGAAGACGAACAUCGAGAAAUUUAGAAGAGAAUUGAUAGAAGUGAGAGGACUUUUGCGAGAGGCACUUGAAGCUGCUUGAGGAAAUACAAGAAUUACACGAAUUCGUAACAAGUUUCGUAACGUGUCAUUGGAGAAACACUUGAGGGCAUAUCUCCUUCAUAGUAAGAAGCCCAAUAGAACUAUACUAAGACAUUAGUAUAGAUUUCCGUGGAAAGGAAAAUAUCGACGAACGAGAAUUAACGUUUAUUGUCAAAGGGAUAAUAACAACGAAGGAAAGUGUCUCUUUCAUUUAAAUGAUCUUUUGAGAGAAAAAAAAAAAAAAAAAAAGAAAAGAGGAAGAAUUAGAAGAAAUUUUCAUAGAAAAAAAAAUGUUCAAAUCUCAAUCCUAACAAAAUUAAUUUAAAAAUUUUUAACUCUUUUUUCUUUUUUUUUUUUUUACUGUUUAUAAUGUUACUAGUAAUAUCGUAAGAAUAUUGAAAUUGAAAAUGAUCGAACGAACGAAUAUGAUCGAGAUCCGUCUUCCAUCGUACGUAUUAUGAUUUUUUUCGACGAAUUUUCAAACGAAAUUCUAAAAGAACGAUUAAUUAAAUAAUAUAUCAAAUACAUCGUUAAGUAUCGUUAUUUCUCGUUACGUUUGAGAGUGAAGAUCGGAGAAUAAUUGAAAUUGAAAAUGAUUUAUCUAAAACGUUCGUACCCCGAUGAAUAUUUUUCAUGAAUUUUUCAUUGAAUUUUUCAAUUAAAUCCCAUCGAGAUAUAUU